GGCAUUGAAGAGCGAGUAGGAGGCAACAAUUAAGAAAAGCGUGGACAUGAUUUGGAUGAGUGGGAGUUUGACACAGCGGACAAAACAAAUUGUCAGAAAGAGUAUCCUAUUUUUCUCUGAACUGGGUCCCACUCCACCACCCUUUUCAUUUUCUUCAAUUUUCCAAUUAAUUAGUAAUAACAAAACACCACCAUCGCCACCUUUGACAAAAUCCCCUUAGUCUGUUCUGUUCCAUUCGCCACCUUAACAUGGAAUCGGACAAGACACUCCUGGGGGCCUGCACCAGGCCCUCCUGGGCCCUCGCAUUCAUCCUCUUCACUCUCCUCAUCUUUCUCUCCUUCCACCUUCCCGCCAGGCCCGUUUGGCUCCUCGCCGGCCCGCUUCCCGGCCCCGGCCCCGAUCCACCCUCCUGCUCCGACUUCUUCCGCGCCGUUCCGCCGCGGAAGGUCGUCAUGUCCAUCGAGGACUUCGGCGGCGUCGGCGACGGCAUCACCUCCAACACCGAAUCCUUUCGACGGGCCAUUCGCUACAUGCACCGCUUCCGGAACCUUGGUGGGGCCCAGCUCAAUGUCCCCAAUGGAACGUGGCUCACCGGAAGUUUUAACCUCACCAGUAAUUUCACGCUUUUUCUUCACCGCGGUGCCGUUAUUCUCGCCUCUCAGGACCCGAAAGAGUGGCCAAUAAUUGAGCCAUUGCCAUCUUAUGGAAGAGGGAGAGAGAGGUUUGGAGGAAGGCAUAUUAGUCUUAUACAUGGAAAUGGCAUCAGCAAUGUUGUCAUCACUGGAGAAAAUGGGACAGUUGAUGGUCAAGGAAAGAUGUGGUGGGAACUGUGGUGGAACAGAACAUUGGAGCACACAAGAGGGCACCUCCUUGAAAUAAUGAACUCGGAUAAUGUUCUCAUAUCAAACCUCACCUUUCAAAAUUCCCCUUUUUGGACCAUCCAUCCUGUUUAUUGCAGAAAUGUUGUGGUCAAAGGGAUGACAAUCUUGGCUCCUCUUAAUGCCCCAAAUACUGAUGGCAUAGACCCUGACUCAAGUAGCAACGUAUGUAUUGAAGAUAACUACAUAGAAAGUGGGGAUGAUCUUGUAGCCAUCAAGAGUGGUUGGGAUCAAUAUGGAAUCACUGUGGCCCAUCCUAGCACAAAUAUCAUAGUGAGGAGAAUAUCCGGCACCACCCCAACUUGUUCUGGAGUAGGCAUAGGUAGUGAAAUGUCUGGCGGAAUUUCAAACAUCACAAUUGAGAAUUUGCAUGUGUGGGAUUCUGCAGCUGGUGUUCGCAUAAAAUCUGACAAAGGCAGAGGAGGCUACAUAGCCAAUGUAAGCAUAAGUGACAUAAGAAUGGAGAGAGUGAAGAUACCCAUUAGGUUCAGUAGAGGCUCAAAUGAUCACCCUGAUGAUGGGUGGGAUCCAAAAGCUGUUCCUAGAUUCAAAAAUAUUAUAAUCAGCAAUGUGGUCAGUGUAAAUUCAACAAAAGCCCCGGUUUUGGAAGGUGUAGAGGGUUCAUCCUUUGAAGGCUUGUGCUUCAAAAAUAUUACCCUUCAUGGUGUAGCCUUAUCUGCAAAAUGGCGUUGUGAAUUUGUCUCUGGUUUUGCCACAAGGGUUUUCCCUGUUCCAUGUCUUGAGUUGCGGAACAAUAGCUAUUCAUCAUGUUUUCCGCUAUUGGUCAUACAACUUGUUCUAGUCGACCCAUUAAAUCGGAUAAUGUUUCUUUCAAGCAAUGCCAUCACACUGGCUAAUCCAGCAGUGAACUCCAAGAAUGUCAUGACUUGUGUUUCCUGCAACCCCCAUCAAACAUAUUGCCAAAGAUUGUUACAUCACGACGUUACACGUGUUCACAUAUUAUAUAAUGUUAAACCAAACCAAAAUAUUUUGAGCAACCAAAACCAAUUCAAAAUGAAGACAAAAUCCCAUUUUCCCUUCCUCCUCAUGCUUCUCAUACCCUUCACAAUUCAACAUAUUUGUUCAGCAGAAUGUGACAAUCUGAAGGACUAUUGCCCUACAACACCGCCCCAAAAGAAUGCCAUAUUCAUCAAUGGCCUACCUUGUGAUAACCCAUCUAACACAAGUGCACAUGAUUUCAAGAGCAUGGAACUAAGCAAGCCAGGUUCAAGGGACAAUUUUGGUUCACUAGUUAAGAUUGUUACUGCUUCAAAGUUCCCUGGCCUUAACACCCUUGGCCUCUCUAUUGGUAGAAGUGACAUAGAAGUUGAUGGGCUUGUGAACCUCCACAAUCACCCUAGAGCCACUGAGAUGGUCUUUGUCAGUGAAGGUGUGUUGGUGGCUGCGUUUCUCAACACGCAAAACAAGCUCUUCCAAAAGACUCUUAAGGCUGGUGAUGUGUUUGUGAUCCCCAAGGGCUUGUUCCAUUUCUUCCUCAACCGUGGUGCACAAGUUGCAACUGUGUUUUCUGUGUUCAAUAGCCAAAAUCCUGGGUUGGGGUCCCUCUCUUCAAUUCCUUCUGACACGUUGGAAUCGGUUGAGAAGAUCAAGAGGAAGAUUGUCUCACUUUCUGACUCACAACUUCGUGGUGUUGAUGAUUUGACUGAGGCAGUGUUGGAUAUCAUUUAUAGUUAACCAUUUAAUUCAGUGUAUUGUGUCAUGAUUCAUGACUUUCUGUUUGUUGCACAGUACUGUGUUUAUAUUAUGAGAUUGUGGUGUUGUGGUUAAUGUAAUGUAAUAUCACAAUUGCAUUUCACUUUA